GUCAUCCCCGCAUCAAAUUCGGGAGUUUCCCUUGUUCAUCGUCGUUCCCUCUCAGGCAUAAAUUCAAGCAAUUCACGCGCCGCUGCGCCCUCCUCAGUAACCGUUCCGCACUGAGAAACGCAGGGAAACGAAGGAGGAAGAAUCGCUGCGGAGGAAUCUAUAAAUGGGCGAUCGUAAUUUUGUAUUUAGGGUUGGAAUUUGCGCGUCAGUGUAUCGAUCCGCUCGUGCUGGUUUUACGUUCUUUUGAUGUACUGCGCAGGUCUCAAUCAGUUUCGAUUGAAGUUAGGGUUUUCCUGUUUCGAUUGCUCCUUGUAGCAUUCGGUUUUAGUUGAAUCGUAGUCGUUUAUGGAAAUUUGUUGUAGUGUUCAUCGCGAAUCGUGUUUAGGGUUGUAGGGGCUGUGAUGAACGGCCGGAACGUAGGGUUAGGGUUUUGUUGAUUGGUAAUGGAAAUGGAGGGCACACGCAGAUCAUUUGAUAGAUCUAUCUCAAAAGAACCGGGGCUGAAGAAGCCUAGACUCACAGAGGACCAUGCGGCGCCACAUCGGAGCUCCGGCGAUCGUACCGGAGUCGUUCAACGCGCGGCGGUUGCGAACUCCGGCGGCGGCGAUUCAAGGGUUCAACGUGAACUUGAUUCUCUACGUGGGCCCUACCAAUCGGGUAACCAGCUUCAUCAGGAACUGGUUAAUCAGUACAAGACCGCUUUAUCUGAGCUGACAUUCAACUCGAAACCCAUUAUUACUAAUCUAACUAUCAUCGCGGGAGAGAAUUUGCACUCGGCCAAGGCCAUUGCUGCAACUGUCUGCUCCAAUAUUCUUGAGGUCCCUAGGGAGCAAAAGCUGCCAUCUCUAUAUCUAUUAGACAGUAUUGUGAAGAACAUUGGGAGAGAUUAUAUAAAAUACUUCGCUCCCAGAUUACCCGAGGUUUUCUGUAAGGCCUAUAAACAGGUUGAUCCUUCAGUCCAUCAAGGCAUGCGUCACCUGUUUGGCACCUGGAAAGGGGUCUUCCCCCAGCAUAUUCUUCAGAUGAUUGAGAAGGAGCUUGGAUUUACUACUACAGCCAAUGGUUUGUCUUCAGGGAAAACGGUGUCUAGGCCAGAGCCACAGGCACAACGCCCUGCACACAGCAUUCACAUAAAUCCCAAGUAUUUGGAGGCAAGGCAGAGGCUGCAGACCACUAGGGGAAGAGGUACUGGCAGUGAUACUAGUGGAUCUGUUAUCAGCACACACGAGGACAUUGAAGCUUCUGAGAGAACCACAUCCAUAACUUUGGAGAGAUUGUCUGGUGAUCCAUACGAUAAGUCUGUCCAUCAUCAGUACAAAGAUAAAGUAAAAGAGGCUGUUCGGGACAACAGUUCAACAAUACCAUAUAUAGAGUCUGAAUAUGGCAAUAGCGUAGCAGGGAGUUUGAGCUUGGGAGGUAGAAAGGUUAGUGAAAAAGUUAAAGAUCAAGGUUUGGGCAUGUCCCAGCAUGAAUCUGGUCGUAAUGCAACGGGGAGGGUAUUUAAUAUAAAGAAUGGCCUCUACACAUCUGCCAACUCCAACUCACAUCUACAGCUAAAGCAAAAUUUUGCCAGUAGGGGUCCAAAUGGAAUCACCGAAAGCUGGAAGAACUUUGAGGAAGAGGAGUUUAUGUGGGAUGAAAUGGUUAAUAAACCCACCGAACACUAUGCAGCUGAUUCUCCUGCAAAAGAUAAUCUCAUGACUGAUAGUAUUGAAAAUUUGGACUUUGACAGCCAUUUCCAGAGGCCUCAAAGUUUACAUGAUAUUGGGGCCAGAGUUCCUGAUGAAGCCCCAGUCAGUUCCCUAUCAGGGACACAUUUACCAUUAUCCAUUCCUGAGGAGCAACAUCGAUCAGGAGGAGUAGCUGGGAAGGCUUUCUUGUCGCAGCAUAGCAGCAUUCCCAAAGGCCAAAAUCUGAAGUUACCUGCAGAUGGAGCUCAAGGGUUCAAAGAUCCCAUUACACAACAAACACGCGGAGCUACAUCAACUCAAUCCGGAGUGCAUCUGCGCCAUCCAUCUCCUUCUCUCUCGGCAGACAAUCAGACUAAAUUAUUAACCAGUACUGCUGAGCGCAAACCAACCCCCACUGGCCCUCCUAAGGAUCCAAGAAGGCCUCCACAACCAAGAAAUCCAGGGUCUAAUGACCAAGCUUCGCAGAAUUCACAAUCUUUAUCAUCAAAGGGUGUUUCCAAGAAGAUUCCAGCUCAAAGUUUACAGACAUCUUCCGGCGUCAGUUCCGCACAUUCCCUUCAGCCCAGGGAACAUCUUCUGUCAUCCCAAAAGAGAAAACUUGAAGAUGUUACUGGCGCCGACAGAUUGCUGGCAGCCCAAAUUCCAGGAUGUGGGAGCCGCUCAGUGAAAGGGAAAUCAUUGCCAGAUCUAUCAAAUUCCCAUAGAGUUGACUCCCUUCGACAACCAAUUACUAGCAGCAUGGUGACAUCUACGGUAAAAAUUGGAAUACCUGGCCAGGAAGCUGGACGUGGGCCAUCCUCAAAGGGAGCACGACCACCUCUGCCGAGCAGCUCGCCUCCCAGCCUUGUCUCGUCUCAACCCUCAAAUAAGAACUUGGAGCUUCCCGGGCUGUGCCACACAAAGUUAGAACUGGCCUCCUUGCCACCUGAUUCCCCUUCCUCAUCUUCAGCAGGUGCCAGGUCAGAACAGGCUCCAAGCAUCAGUAAUUCCGCAUCCGAUCCAGUUUCUAGUCUUCUAAGUUCAUUGGUGUCAAAAGGCUUGAUAUCCUCUUCCAAGUCGGAUCUACUUUCAUCUGGUUCUACCCACAAAUCCAAUCGACUUGAUCAAUCUCCUGAGGUUUUGAAAGGUAGUUCGACUCCAGAUUCUGCUGCUCCUGUGGCAACCGGAAAGCCUUUCUUGUCUACUACUGCUAGUGCCUCAAAUGGUUUAAUCUGUAAGCCUUCUUUGUCCUCCACAGACGAGCUUAUUGUUAGUGCCUCGGAUAGUUUACUCCAGUCGCCGAAAGUGUUUAAAAAUCUUAUUGGUUUUGAAUUCAAGUCGGACAUACUUCGAACGCUGCAUUCGGAUGUGCUUGAUGAUCUGCACUCUGACCUUCCGUUUCAGUGCAGCCGAUGUGGCCUUCGACUAAAGCUUCAAGAAUCAUUAGAUCGGCACAUGGAAUGGCAUGAGCUGAGAAUUCCUGAGCAGAAUCCUCUGCACAAGAAUUCGAGGAGUUGGUAUUCUGAUGUAGCUAACUGGUUUACUGGAGCUAGUCAGGUUCCUAUCGGGGACAGCCUGUCAGACUUAUUUGCGGAAUUGGAAAGUAGUGAGAUGUUGCCGGCAGAUGAAAAUCAGUGUGCCUGCAUUUUAUGUGGUGAGUUGUUCGAAGAUUUCUACAGCCAAGAAAGAAAUGAAUGGAUGUUCAAAGAAGCUGCGUACUUGUCUUAUCUAUCUUCGGAUUUAAAUGAAAGGAUUGGAACUAAAGUCGACGAUGCAGCAUGUUUGGGUCCUAUUGUCCAUAUCGACUGCAUGUCCCAAGACUUUAAUCUGAAGUCAUGACCUUCUUGAGACGUCAAACUGGAAUGGAUGCGCAAGGUUUUUUAAUUUCGGCGCUUUGUGGGAUGUACCUGCCUCGGAUGCCCACUGUCCAUGCUCUCUGGCUGUAGAAAUGCAUCUCAGGCAAGAAGUUGUAGCGCGUUGUCAGUGUUCUUGCAUCAGGGCUGGCUGCGCCAAAUCAAUCGGUAUCUCAUCUUGCACGGCAUAUCGUAUCAUAUCAUAUAUAUAUAUAUAGUUGGAUGAGAUUGAUUGAUUGUCCGUGUUUAGUUGAAAAAGACGAGACUGUUUCCGGGGCAUAAUCAUCGGCGUUUCGGUAACGGAAGAGAUUAUUUCCUUCCGUUGAAGAUUUUGAUACAAAUGGAGAUGAUUAUAUAUCGAUUUUUGUAAUUUAGUUGUUGAUUUCAUGAAGAAUAUGAACCAACACAUACAUAAAAUGGAGUAGCUUCAUGUUUUGAUUCCAACGGACGGAAUGCAAAUGCUCAGUUUCAAAUUUGGCGGCAAUAUUUGUUUACGCCCAACUGUGAUGGCUCUUAACGUACUAUUAUUAUUAUUAUGUUAAAAUUUGUUAA